AUGUCAUCAUUUUUUGGCGCCAAUUCGGGCGGCGCCAACUCGAUGGGUCUCGACACGACGCCCAAACCGAGUCCGGCACCGAUACGGUUUCAACGGAAAGCUUCAACGGGAUCAGCGCCGGUUGUUCCUCCUCCAGCUGUUCCGCCUCCUGAGAGCAGUGCCAGCGAAGACGAGCAGCCGAAUCAGUCGAAUCGUAACGCAUCAGUGGCCUCUACAGUUCCUCCGCCAUUGAGUCGUGAGCCUACGAGAGUUUCCACUUUAAAGCGGGAAGAUAAAGAGAAAAAGCAGAAGGAGCGAAUGGAAAAAGAGCGAAAAGAAUUGGAAGAGCAACGAGUUAAAGAAGACGAAACAAAAGAAGAUAUGGAUGCAGCGCAUGCAUCAUUAGCGGGAAGAACGAGCUACGUUGAAGAGCCGCCGUCCACGACGACCACCCUUGAUCGGAAAGAGAAUAAGGCGGAGAAGGCGCUGGUUCGCCGAAUCACCAACGAGAUGGCAAUGGCCACUUACGUGCACCAAGUUGAUCUUUCGAAUGUGAAACACCCCGUUGGCGCGUACACACCCGGAGUCUAUCGGAUUCGAUCGUUGAGAUUCUUCGAGGCCGGAUUGAGAAGAGCAAUGUGGGGCGUCGGAAAAUUCCUCGCCAACCGCAGCUUCUUCGCCAUUCUGUUGUCGAUGCUCUGUUUCGUGAUGGCACUUUCGUUGCCAAUUUAUAAUCGCGAUCUAAUUUUCAUCGAUCUUCCGUUUUCUUAUCUUCUCGGCACCGGGAGUGACGUCAUCACGAACGGUGUUGGCAUUUUGCCGAAAACUCAAGAAUUCAAUUACACGAAUCCCGCAUUCUCGUGCAUUAAUUGGAGGGAUCCCAAUCAUUUUGCUGUCAUGCUCAAAACAUUAUCUCCGCGAGACUCAAUUUUGAGAAAAGACGCCGUUCUCGCCUACACCGCUUUGAAGAAAAAGCUUGAUCACUUCCCAGUGGAGAAGCGAGAAUUCUUGGUCCAAUGCUCGGCUGAUUGCGAGACCGACAAGGAUAUGGUUGAUCGGAUCAUCAAGAAGAGUCCGCAAGUCGCACUCAUCUAUCCGGAAACAUUUGUGAGCAUGAGCAAAGAUUCGACGAAUUUGACACGCGUCUACCUGGGAGCUGCCAUCGGCGGAGUUGAGACCGAUAUUGAUGGCGCGAUUUCGAAAGCUUCGUCGCUUUUGAUGAAUUUCGAAGUUCGCGGAGAACUCGGAGCCAAAGAGCAAGAAGCGUGGCACAGACAUUUUGAGGAACAAGUCCGACUCACCGCCGCUCCGAAUAUUUCGCUGAUGUCGUGGUCGCCGGAAUCAUUCCGAAGUGCAGUUGUAUCAACACUUCAUGAUCAAUAUUGGAUUUUGUUGUUCUGCGCCGCAAUAGUUUUUGUCUUCUGUCUUCUGGCCUCAUUCGGAGCCAAUGCAUAUAAAUCGAAACCAUGUGUCGGCAUCAUGAUCUUCGUAACUCUCGUGAUUGCGUCAUUAACAGGAAUUUCCAUGCAAUUCUACCGCAAUGAGCCAGUCGAUCCACUCAUUUAUCCAAUCUGUUUUGUCACUCUCGGGAUCGGACUCUUGUGGCUAUUCCAACUGCAUUUCAGCUGGUCGCGAUAUUCGUCGGCGGCCGUUCAUCCCACCGAGAAAAUCGCGUUCAUUCUCUCUCACGAUGCUCCCGGAAUCGCCGCCAGCGCCGCGAUUAUUGUCAUUACAUUCGUUUUGAUGGGUUUAUUGCUCUCCAACGCCCACAUGGUUUCUUCGUUCCUCGCAAUCGCUUCAUCAGUCGCCAUUCUAUUAAUAUUCGCAAUUUUAUUUAUUUCGGUGUUUGUUUUUAUCGGAGGUCGACGAGAAGCCAAAGGAGUCAAAUGGUAUCAAUUGUUUAAGACUGGCGAUACUCAUUUCACUGCUCCUCAAUUGGCAUCGUUCGAUUCGUCUUCUCUGUUCUCUUUGCACGAUCGUCUUCUCGAUUCUCGUUCAUCUCCGUCGCGGGCGAUCGGCUCAUUCUUGAUCGGAAGAACAGUGCGCUAUCCGAUUGUUUUCUUCUGCACCGCCUAUCUUAUUUUUGCCGCCUUCGGAUGCUCCCAAACAAGUGUCGAUAUCAGGGAAGAAUAUUUCCUUCCGACAGGAUCACCAGAAAAGACAUUCAUCGAGCAAUAUCGAGAUCAGUUUGGAAAGACCACUCAGUUUUUGGAAAUUCAAUUUGAAAAUGCUUUGGAAUAUCACGAUCGUGAUGUGCAGAACGCAAUUUUCGAUCUUUUGGAUUUCACGAUUAAUGACGGAUACGCAACGCGCGCUGUCAAUUGGCUCGCCGAGUUUGUCAAAUUCGAAAAAACCAUAAUCUACGAUGUGAACCCGGAAACUUUUGCACCGAUAAUCAAGCUUGUCUUCCUGACAUCCGAACCAUAUAGAAAGUUUACAUCGGAUAUUAUAAUGGAUCGCAGUCAAACACAGAUUACCAAAUCGAGAAUGUAUUUGGAAUUGACCCAAAAAGGAUAUAUGCAUAGAGUAUCGCUCAUCGAGAGUCUACUGACAAAGGCAACAGCUAGAGGUCUUCCAGUGUCUGUCAGUGUUCCAGCAUCGAUGUCGCUUCGUCACGAUAUCGGGGUGCUUUCAUCCGGUCUCUACGCCUUUGGAAUUGCUCUCGUAUCUCUUCUCAUCGCUUCAUUGCUCCUCCUCGGCCAACCAGCCCUCACUUUCCUUCUCCUCUUCACUUCAAUCGCAGUUCUCGUUGAAACCAUCGGAUACGCUUAUUUCUGGAGUGUUCCGAUCAACAUGAUCACCCUGACAAUGGCGCUCGCGGGAAAUGCACUCACGUGCACUAUCGUGAUCGCCUUCUGUUACAGCUACUCGAUGUCUGGCAAAUCGCAAAUCCGCGCUGGUGUCCGUGUUCAGUACACUUUCCAAGCUACUCUCGUCCCAGUGUUGUUCGCCUGCUUUGUGCCAGUUGUCAGCUACUUGCCAUUGCUGAUGGUCGACGUUCCGCUGGUUUUGCAUUUGUUCAAAAUCACAAUUCUCAGCGCGACCGCUUCAUUGAUUCAUUAUCUCUUCUUCCUUCCAAAUCUGAUGCUAUUGUUCUCUGAGAAUCUCGGAGUUACCUGCUCAUCACUGAACUGCGCCGAAUGCUGCUGCGACAUGGAUGAUGAAUCAUCGAUCUAUUAUAUUCCAACGGGCGGAAGAGCGAUCCAUCCCGAAGGAUUGUACCAACACGCAUCAUACACUUAUACAGUACCGAAACCAAUGAUGAAUGCUCCGCCCCCGCAUUAUUUGGCAAUUGCUGCGCCACCAAUCAAUGGAAAUUAUGGCGAAAUCUACGGAGAAGCGAGGCAUGAAAAAAAGAGGGAAUCGAGAAGAGUCAGAAGGCACAGCGAGUCGUCCAUGGGAGCCUCCGAAUCAGGUGGAACUCCGCGUCGUGAUCGCGAAUCUCGUCGAAGGAAGCAAAGAAGAGCAGUGAGUCGAGACAGCGAAAUUUACGAGGCUCCGCCAAGUCCACGAGGUGGAAUGACGUCGUCUUCCCGCUCGAAUUCGCCACGUCGUCAUUAUCACCAUCAGAAUCCAUAUGGAAGUAUGCGAAGAAAUCAAUCAAGCCAACCAAACAGUGCUCGUCCACAAGCUUAUCAUUAUGACGAAGGAGCUCAAUGGAGACCGUAUGUGCAACCUUCGCCUUAUGUGUAUUAUCCGGGAAGUCCAAUGUACGGCGGAGCCCCAAGACGAUCUUAA